AUGGCGCUGCGGCGGGGCGGCGGCGGCGGCGGCGGGGCGCCGGGGCUGCUGCUGCUGCUGAGCGCCGCGUGCCUGAUCCCGCCGGGCGCGCAGGUGAGGCGGCUGGCGCGCUGCCCCGCCACUUGCAGCUGUACCAAGGAGUCCAUCAUCUGCGUGGGCUCUUCCUGGGUGCCCAGGAUCGUGCCGGGCGACAUCAGCUCCCUGAGCCUGGUAAAUGGAACGUUUUCCGAAAUCAAGGACCGAAUGUUUUCCCACCUGCCUUCCCUGCAGCUGCUAUUGCUGAAUUCUAACUCAUUUACAGCCAUCCGGGAUGAUGCUUUUGCUGGACUGUUUCAUCUCGAAUACCUGUUCAUUGAAGGGAACAAGAUAGAAACCAUUUCAAGAAAUGCCUUUCGUGGCCUUCGUGACCUGACUCACCUUUCUCUGGCCAAUAACCACAUAAAAGCACUCCCAAGGGAUGUCUUCAGUGAUUUAGACUCUCUGAUUGAACUAGACUUAAGGGGCAAUAAAUUUGAAUGUGACUGCAAAGCCAAGUGGUUGUAUCUGUGGUUGAAGAUGACGAAUUCCACGGUGUCUGACGUCCUGUGCAUCGGUCCCCCCGAAUAUCAGGAAAAAACGCUAAAUGAUGUGCCGAGCUUCGACUACGAAUGCACAACCACAGAUUUUGUCGUUCAUCAGACUUUGCCUUACCAGUCGGUUUCAGUGGAUACAUUCAACUCCAAGAACGACGUGUACGUGGCCAUCGCUCAGCCCAGCAUGGAGAACUGCAUGGUGCUGGAGUGGGACCAUAUCGAAAUGAACUUCCGGAGCUAUGACAAUAUCACAGGUCAGUCCAUUGUGGGCUGCAAGGCCAUCCUCAUUGACGACCAGGUUUUCGUGGUGGUGGCCCAGCUCUUCGGCGGCUCCCACAUUUACAAAUACGACGAGAGCUGGACCAAGUUUGUCAAAUUCCAAGACAUCGAAGUCUCCCGCAUUUCCAAGCCCAACGACAUCGAGUUGUUUCAGAUCGAGGACGAGACGUUCUUCGUCAUCGCAGACAGCUCGAAAGCUGGGCUGUCCACAGUGUAUAAAUGGAACAGCAAAGGAUUCUACUCCUACCAGUCUCUGCACGAGUGGUUCAGGGACACGGAUGCGGAGUUUGUGGACAUAGACGGGAAAUCGCAUCUGAUUCUGUCCAGCCGCUCCCAGGUCCCCAUCAUCCUCCAGUGGAAUAAAAGCUCUAAGAAGUUUGUCCCCCACAGUGAUAUCCCCAACAUGGAGGACGUACUGGCCGUGAAAAGCUUUAGAAUGCAGAAUGCCCUCUACCUUUCCCUCACCCGCUUCAUCGGGGACUCCAGGGUCAUGAAGUGGAAUAGUAAGCGGUUUGUGGAGAUCCAGGCUCUUCCAUCCCGGGGGGCCAUGACCCUGCAGCCCUUUUCUUUUAAAGAUAACCACUACCUGGCCCUGGGGAGUGACUAUACGUUCUCCCAGAUAUACCAGUGGGAUAAGGAAAAGCAGCUAUUCACAAAAUUUAAGGAGAUUUAUGUGCAAGCGCCUCGUUCCUUCACGGCUGUCUCCACCGACAGGAGAGAUUUCUUUUUUGCAUCCAGUUUCAAAGGGAAAACAAAGAUUUUUGAACAUAUAGUCGUUGACUUAAGUUUGUGAAGGUGUGAUUGGCGAAUUUGAAAGACACGUAGCCCUGGCUCUCACAGGAGAGCGACCAAGAAGCAAAUACAAAAAGAAGCCAAGUUCAGAGCUCUGAAAUUAAAACCGCACUGGGGGAAUAGUUAGAAGUUUUCAAAAUUUUAGAACUCACAUUUUAAUCAGGGAUUGCGUUUAUUGGCUAAUUGCAUGACGUGUCCGUUCUCCCAUUUAAAAAGACAUCUUAAAGCCUGUUGUCACUGAGAAAACAGUACAGCAUUAGCUCUUAACCAUCUAGGACAGUAAUGUGCUUUUUUUUUUUUUUUUUUUUAAUGAGGAAGGAUUAAUGGAUAAGAUGGGAUAGCUCUUAUAACGAAAUAAACAAACAAACAAACAAAGACCAAACUAUGGGCCCUUCUCAUUCCAUUUUAGCAAUCCUUUUGGUAAGAACUCUUAAAGGCAAAGUCAGCUGAAAAGAUUUGCUGAUGAUUCGUUUAAAAAUCUGGUAACACUCAGCAAUGCUAUUUUGAGCCAUUUCAGUUUCCUGAAUCCCCCUUAAUAGCAGAACGUUGGCUAUUUCAUUGGCUCGCGUAGACGCACAUCAUGGGUGUGUUAACAAAAUAAUGUUGGACGUUGCUUCCUUUACCACAAAGAGAAUACUCUGCUGAUGCAUAUCUAGGCCCAGCGCGGGCUGUAGGCCCGUGAGUGAGACAAAGGCAUUUCCCCUCUUCCUUGUGGUUCAAAGCCGGCCCCCGGGGCGGCCAGAGCAAUACCGCUUGUUAGAUGCUCUCCGUGACCCAGCUGCUUCCCUGAACCCAUUCUUUUGAGUUUGUGGGUAACCAGCAGACAGGCCAAAGACUGAAUGGUGCUUUUCAUCCCAUCCUUCAAAGCAAUAGAACAGGUAUUUCCGCCUGAUGAGCAUUUGGUAGAAUUUCUGAAGCAAGAUUUUAUGGAAUCAAAAGAGGACUUUUCACAAGUCUCGAUGGACUUUGAAAACCUAGAGGUGGCCCUUUGAUCUGUGCCUGGCUUUGCCCUCUGGGCAACUUACUCUUAGAAAUCACUGAGUACCAACCUGCCAGCUGCCCACCUCCCUACUCAUACGAUGUCCCGCUUUGUUGAUUUGCUAAUGUUGCUGCUGCAAGUACAGCCCUCCCAGAGAGGCUGAGGCACCAGAUGGCAGCACCCAGGGUGCUCAUGACGCUAAUGCCCCUUCCUGUCCCGGGAGCGUAGCACAGGAAAGCCCCCUGGGGCUCAGACGCUGACAUGGGGCCAUGUACUGGCAGGGGCUCAUCCCCAGUAGGCUGAGGGUCUCAGGCCGAUCAGCAGGGACCGGCUUUGCAGCCAGACACACGGAGCCCCACACACCAGGUCUGCACCCAGGGGGCCGGAGCACCUAUGUCAAAAUGGGCUUCUCUGGUGUGGAUUACUGGGAAGCCCAUGGGCCCUGGUUUUGUGGAAGGUUCCCAGAGCAUGCGCUGCCCGAUUAGCUUGGUUCUCUUCAGAGGAUGUGAAGUGGAUUUGGGGAGUGGCUCUGAAAGAGCAACUCGACCACGUCUCUUGUCGCCCUGAAGUCAGCACAAUCAUACUGUACUGCAGUGUUAUUUUUUCACGAUUGUUUGCCAAGUCACGAGUAGGUAGAUGUUUUGCUACAAAUGUGAAUGCGUUGUUGUUUCUGGUGUUUAAGCAAUGCAGAUGAAGGCAAUAAAUAGCAUCGGUGUUGCAACAGCACUCCUGGGUCCAUUCUGGGACUGCAGGCUGAGGGCUUUCAGCCUAGGACACCGGGGGUUUUAAUGAAGGAGGUCAGCCGCACACGGCAGAUUGCUGCUUGAAACUUUCCUACUAAGCACCAACCCCACAGGAGAAAAGUGGUUUGUUUUCAUUCUUUUUAAGUGCAAAGUCACUCUUCCGCAUGCGUUCUUUUGCCUUCCUGGUUUACUCGAAUUGACUACAGAUGCCCCGAUCCCCACAUCGGAGGCCGAAAGUGGGGCAGCUCUGGCAUUUCUCCGGCGGUGAGGAGGGGCAAACAAUUCUUUCUGGCACAUGGAACCUUCCGACAAGCCCAGGCGGAAACACAGGCACUUGGCAAACAACGUAGGGGACAUUCAGACAGACGGUC